UCAUGGAACCGAAGACGUAUACAACAUUAGAAGCCUUCAAGCCACAUUUCAAUGCGUUGGCUAGGGGCGGCUAUCUCAAAAUAAUGAAGCCGACAUCAUUUAAGAAACCCUAUUUUAACGCUUUAUGCCGUGUACUCGUGUGGUUUUUCGUUGUGCUGUAUAAUUUACAACAUUUAAUCUUGGUUAUUCAGGUACGACGCAGCACUGAAAGAAUAGUCGACAUCUUAUUUAUUUUGCUUACGACAUUGAACACUUUUGGAAAACAACUAGCAUUCAAUCUUAGAGUUCAUCGCAUUGAUAAAAUUAUUGACGUAAUGAAUGGGGUCUACUUUGCUGCAACCAAUCGAUAUCAUGUGGACAUUAUGAAGGAAAACGCACUGGCCAUGUAUAGAAUACUGAGACUAUAUCACGUAGCCAUAUUUACUUGCGGAAUACUUUGGACUAUCUUUCCACUCGUAAAUCGUGCUUUGGGGGAAAAUGUACAAUUCACAGCAUAUUUUCCAUUUGAUACAGCUGAGUCACCCACAUUCGAAAUUGUUUUGGCAUAUAUGUCAAUACUUAUUACGUUACAAGCUUAUGGCAACGUGACGAUGGAUUGCACGAUUGUAGCGUUUUACUCUCAAGCGAAAACACAAAUCAAAAUGCUCAGAUAUGAUCUGGAACAAUUCGAAAAAAUCGAUAACAUUGAAACAAAAUUUACGGAAAAUAUUUUUGAACGUUCCAGUCACAUAUGGAAAGCAUUGAAGGAUGAAAAGAUAAAAAUACAUUCAAAGCUUGUUUUCUGUGUUGAACAUUACCGACAAAUUGUUUGGUUCGUGAAAGAGGUAGAAUCUAUAUUCGGCGAAGCUAUGACUGUACAGUUUUUCGUAAUGGCGUGGGUCAUUUGUAUGACUGUAUAUAAAAUCGUUGGACUAAGCAUAUACUCAGCCGAGUUUGUUUCUAUGGGAGUAUACUUGGGGUGUAUGUUGGCGCAGCUUUUUAUUUACUGUUAUUACGGAACUCAGCUUAAAGUUGAGAGCGAGUCUGUGAACACUUCGUUGUACUGCAGCAAUUGGUUGUCAUCAUUACCAAAGGUCCGACGGCAAAUGCUGAUCAUGAUGCAGUACUGCUCCAAGCCUCUAACACCGCGUACUGCCUACGUCAUUCCGAUGUCAUUAGAAACUUAUAUUUCAGUUUUGAAAUCGUCAUAUAGUCUUUUUACGUUAUUGAAUCAAAAGCACUAAGUAACGACUCUAAAGUGUUGUGACUGUAAUAGUUACUUACGCGGUACGGUAACAGCUUAAUUCAUUCAGCGAAAUAAAAGCAACCAA